AUGUCACAGACCCAAGACCAAUUGAUUCUCAUCACUGGAGCCUCCGGCUUUAUUGCCACUCAUAUCGUGGCAGACUUCCUUCGUGCCGGCUACAAGGUUCGAGGAACAGUCCGAUCAACCGCAACCGCCGAGGCAGUCAGGGACAGUUUUCCUCAGUACGCCGCUCAGCUAAGCUUUGCAAUUGUGGAAGAUAUCGCUCAGCCCGGGGCCUUCGACGAAGCGGUCCAAGGUGUCCAAGGUGUGAUCCACACGGCAGCACCAUUCCAGAUAUUCAAUGUCGAAGACAACGAGCGUGAUCUGCUCCGCCCUGCCAUUGAUGGAACUCUCAACAUCCUCAAUUCCGUACACAAUCACGCUCCUACUGUGAGCCGCGUUGUCAUCACUUCAUCUUUUGCCGCCAUGGCCAACUACAGCAAGGGCACGUGGCCAGGCCACGUCUACUCUGAAGCCGAUUGGAACCUGACACCCUACGAAGUCGUAGCAGCGCCAGGGACGCCUGCUGGGCUCGCCUACUCGACAGCAAAGGCGUUGGCUGAGCGUGCCGCUUGGGACUUUGUCAAGGAGAAGAAGCCGAGCUUUGAUCUUGCGACAAUCCUUCCCCCGAUGGUGUACGGCCCGAACAUCAAUGCUACUGCCAGUUUGGAAAAACUCAAUACUUCUUCCUCGGAUAUCUACCGCCUUAUUUCGCCUCGGGGUAAAUCCUCUGAUGCCGUCCCUGGCAACAUGUUCUGGUCCUUUGUGGAUGUUCGGGAUGUUGCCAUGGCGCAUCUGCGUGCAUUCCAGGUCUCUGAGGCCGGUGGUGAGCGGUUCUUUGUCUGCUCUGGUAAUUUCACCUACCAGCAAUUUGUCGAUGCUUUGCGAGAGAAUAUCCCGGAAAUUCGAGCCCGUGUCCCUAUUGGAAACACUGGCACUGGCGCUGUUCCCUCUAAUGUCUACACUGUGGACACUUCCAAGUCGCAGAAGAUCUUGGGCAUUCAGUAUCAUAAACUUCAGGACACUGUUGUUGACGCUGCACGCUCGCUUUUGGAAUUGGAGGCACGGGCUGCUUAA